AUGGUAACAGAAGAAAUAAAGGAAAAUCGCACUUUCGAAGAAUUGUGGAAUAAAUAUAAUUAUUGGAAGAUUUUAAGGAUAUCGUUGUUUAUAAAAAGGUUCAUUUACAAUUGUCGCAAUAAAGAAAAAAUAGUCGGACCAAUAAAAACGGAAGAGAUGAUAGAAGCCGAAACGGUCAAUGUUAAACAUCUACAAGGAUCUGUUGUGCUAAAAGCCGAUGUGGAACUUAAACAGGAUGAAAAGAAUCUUUGGAGGUGUCAUGGAAGAGUUACUGGGUAUAGCCCAAUAUUUAUAGCAAAAGGGUUCUUACUAUUUCUACGAAUUAUUGAGCACCAUCACACCAAAACCUUACACGGAGGAGUCGGAGAUACCAUGGGUAGCAUAAGAGAAAGAUUCUGGAUACCGAAUUUGAGAGUGGCCGUUAAAAAAGUUAUUCGUAGUUGCAAUUUGUGUAAAAAGUACAGAGUGAAGCCUCUGUUACCACCAACAAAAGCAAUGUUACCGCACUUUAGAACUGACAAUGUUGAACCAUUUGCAGUUAGUGGUGUUGAUUUUGCCGGACCAUUAAAGUAUAAAGUACCAAAAAAUUCGAUUAAAAAAUGCUACGUUGCACUUUUUACAUGCGCAAGCACUAGAGCCGUCUAUCUUAAACUUUGUCAUGACCUAUCAGCAGUAGAAUUUCAGAGGGUUUUAAAAGAAUUUGUUGCGAGGAAAAGACCACCUCAGAUGAUAAUCAGUGACAUUGCAAAAACAUUUGUGGUAACAGGGAAGUGGUUACUUACACUUAAAAACGACGAGAAUAUUGCCAACUAUCUUGCUAUACAAGCUAUAAAAUGGAGGUUUAAUCUAUCAAGAGCCCCUUGGUGGGGAGGUUUGUUUGAAAGAUUGAUUGGAAUAAUGAAGUUUAUCUAA